UGAAGUUUCGCGUUGUGUGCUUUUUGUGUCAGUACUCGGUAGCACAGUUUUUAAUUGAGUUUAAUACACGUGUUUAACUAUAUAAACAUAAUACAAUGGUGAAGUUGAAAACUAAAGUUGGGAAGAAAAAAGUAAAAGUACCGGUAGUACUACAGAGUAAGAAAGAAGAACAAGAUGUUGUAUUGCCGCCUGUCCGAAUGUCGGAUGAUCCGGCACCUAAACAGGUAAAAUGGAUAAACAGACAAAGAGUUUUGGUAUUUGCCGCACGUGGUAUUAACCAUCGUCAUCGACAUUUGAUGGAAGAUAUUAAGAAAUUAAUGCCGCACCACAAGACAGAGUCAAAGAUGGAGAGAAGUAAAAACUUAUAUGUUGUCAAUGAGAUCAGUGAAAUGAAGAAUUGCAACAAGUGCAUACUCUUUGAAGGAAGAAAGAUGAGAGACCUGUAUAUGUGGAUGGCUAACAUUCCUAAUGGGCCAAGCGUGAAGUUCUUGGUGGAAAACAUUUACACCAUGGGAGAACUAAAGAUGACUGGAAACUGCCUGAGGGGAUCCCGACCCCUGCUUUCAUUUGACCCACAAUUCACCAAGGACCCACAUUACUGUCUGUUAAAAGAACUUCUCAUUCAGACAUUUGGUGUGCCAAACUACCAUCCUAAGAGUCAGCCAUUCUAUGAUCAUGUGUAUACUUUCAUGAUCCUUGAUAAUAGAAUUUGGUUCAGAAACUACCAGAUUUUGUCUGAAGAUGGAGCUUUGGCUGAAAUUGGACCGAGAUUUGUGUUGAACCCUGUAAAAAUAUUUUCCGGAUCAUUUGGAGGUGCCACACUAUGGGAAAAUGCUAAAUACAUUAGCCCUGCAAAAUUGAGACAAGCUGUAUCCAAGAAAGCUGGCAGCAAAUAUGAAAGGAGAAUUGAGAAGAAAGCUGUUUAUGAAGCCACCAAACCAGAGACUGGUUAUCCUGAUAUAGAGGGAGCAGACUUCUUCAAAGGAGACCCUAUGGAAAAAGCACAAGAAGUUGUUGUCAAAGAAGAGAUUGAGGAACAAGAAAAUUCAAUGGAAGAAGAAAGUGACCAUGAAACUAAGAAGCCUGCAUUCAGCAUGAUGACAAAGAAGACAAAAACAAAUCCCGAUAAAACGAUCAGACGCAAACAACUUAAAGCUAAGAGUAAGGCCAUAUCUGAUCAAAUAAAAAAAAGGAAGCAGUUUAAAAAGAAGAAACCUGGUAAAUCUUAAUAAAAUUUAUUUUUCCACA